UGAAUGGAAAUGACUUCAAUUUAAGUAUAAAAGGUUUAACACAUCUCGCAUUAUUGUCAGUUAACAGCAGUUACAACAAGUGUUGAAAUAAACAUCCAAAAAAUCAAAAUACUAAAACAGAAAUAUUGUUAAAAUUUUAAGUUUUAAAUUAAAAAGUUACUAAAAGCUCUUCGAAAAAAGGAUUAAAUAAAAUGUUUCGCAUAAAUUGUAUAUCGUUGUGUGUUUACGUUUGUACAAUAAAUUUUCUAUACGGAAGUGUUUGCGCUGUUCCAAAGUAUGACACAAGUGGAAAAUCUUAUAACGAUAAAAAUGAAUGGAGUCGCUCAUUCUAUAAUGAAAAUAAAACACAACAAUUCGAGCAGGACAGCUCAACAACUAAAGAUCGUUUGCAAAGAUUAGGAUACACUACCGGAUAUGGAACAAUAAAUGGCUACCCAGCAGGAACAGGCAUUUCAGCGUAUAAUCCCAUCAAACUUGAUUUGGGAGGUGUGGUAUUAGGAACAUUGGUUGGGAUAGGUGCUAUCAUUAUUAUACCUAAAAUUUUGAGUGCAUUCCACGGUGGAUAUGCUGGAUAUGGCAGAAGUGAAAAUGAAAAUGAUUUGUCAUCAUUGACUAAUUUUAUGAAUAAACUCGAUGAUAUUUUGGGCCAAAAUAAUAUAGAUUCAACAAGUUGCAUGCAACGUGCUAUUUGCAGUUAUGUACGUUCAACUGAAUACAAUAUGAAGAUGGGUGCAUCUGAUCAAAUGGAUGAAUUUAUUCACAUGAUGUCUGAGAAUUCGCUGGUCGAUUACUUGUUGGAUGGCACUGCUAUUAAAGAGGCAUUAGAACAUGGCAAAAAAAUUAAUACGAAACCAUGUGAAGAAGUCUAUAUUAAUUGUCCGUUGGACAGCAAAAAGGUAACCAGCAUGCUAAUUAAAUUGUUGCCAAAAAAGACAGCAACAACAAUAUCAUCGACAUCUACAACAAAUAAUAAUCAAUAAAAUUGUACAAACGUAUUUUAAAACAUAAAUUCCAUUAUUAAUAUUUGGCAGUAUUACAGCUUUAUGUACUUACAUUUAUUUUAUUUUAUGCUAAAGAUGAAUAAAUACGAAUAAUAUAUUUAAAAAAAGCUGUGUAUAUAUUCUGAUUUAAUUAAUGACUCGACAUACAGUGCCGGCAAAAAAAUAGAAACUUGAAAA